UGUCAAUGGCGUAUUAUGCUUUUUGAUUAUUUAUAAAAUAAUUAUAAGUUUAUUUACAUGUAGUUUCGUAUUUUUAGGGCCGUAAGAUCGAAAUUAUAGUGACAGAGCUGUGUAUAAAGUAAUGUUAUAGCCUUUCUCGAUAAAUGGACUAUAACAACUCUAAAAUAAUUUAUAAAAUAGAAGCAGUGUCUCCAUUAAAAAUAACAAUACCAGGAUAUGGCAAUAAAUUCAUUGGAAUUAUGUAGGAAGAUUCAUCCGAAAUCCUCCGACUCUACGAAUAGUUCUACUCGUAACAGUGGUAAUUCGGUUUCAAAUAUAACGAAAAUAACCACAGAAAGUGGUGUCAGUAUUUCGAGUAAAUGUAGUAAACCGAUGAGAAAUACCAAUUUCAAAUCGCCAUAUCUCAUUGGAGACAAGGUACAGCUGUUAUCUAGAGUAACGGAGAAAAGAUUUGUACACAAAAAGGCAACAGAUUAUGUAUCUUCCUUUCCAUUUGCUAUCUACAGAGCAAAUUCUGACGAAAUUAAUCCAUUAAAGCGAAACACUAAAAAAAAUAAAAAGUCUGUACUAACACUACCAAAUAAUAAAGCCCAUGUACCUGAAAUAUGUACUGUGAGUGAGAUGAACGAUUCAGAAUACUACAACCGAGAUGAAGAAAAUAUUAAACUAACAAAAAAGAAGCGAAAACCUCGCGUGCAGAAAAGACAAUCUCAAAGAAAGAAUAAUUUUGAAUUCUAUGAUAGAGAUGCUCGAUAUUGCUCACAAAUGAAUAUAGACCUAGACCGUAGUUCUAGUGAUAUACUUCAUAAAUUUAACAGUGAUGGAAAAAGGUUAUCCGAGAAAUGCGAUAUUGCACUUAAACCUGCAAUUGACAAUGAAUGCAAUGCGCAUGACGUAUGGGCAGUACUUAGGAAUAUAAACAAAUUUCAGUUUAGACCUUCACCUCCAUUAUCAGAUGAUAGUAUUUUACAAAAAAAGAAAAAAAGUAUAAAUAAGAAACGUAAUAAUCGCAAAGAUACACGAGUUGUUGAAACUUGCCGCACUGAAGAAAUUGCAUACAUUUCUAGCUUUGAUGUUGAUAGUAAAUCUACAACUAAUUAUUCGCCUUUAUCAAGUUGUGACCGUAUUACGGUGAUUGAUAAACAAGGCGAUUUUACCAAAAUCUGCAAAGAAUUCGAAAAGAGAAUUGUCAGGGCACAAAACAAGACUAAAUGUGUAAAUAAUACUAGAAACUGUGGUCAAAUAAAGACUAAAAAAUCUCAUAAAAAAUGGUCAAGAACAAUGAAAAAAUUUGCUGAAAUUGAUAAACAAAGUGUAACUAAAGAUACAGAGACGAAAUUUUUACUGGUGGACAAUGAUAUUGAAACGUGUUUCAACAAUUUAAAACAAAUUGAUAACCAAACCCAAAAAGAACCAGUCUGCAUAAAAAAAUAUUUAGGUGCAGAUAAUGCUAUGUCAUAUAAUUCUGAUCAAGUACGUUUGUAUUUACAUGCACAUAAAACCAAUAAUAGUACCACGAAAACAAACAAAUCUAGAAGAGACAAAUCAUCGGAAUUUAUAGAUAGUUUUGUAUAUUCUGGAAAUUCCGGAUCAAGCAAAGCAGGUCUUCAUAACACUAUCAGUAAUAAAAGAGAUGUAAAAAAGUCUUGCAAAAUAUCAUCCGAUGAAUCGAUUGAGCAGUCGAAGGCAAUAACUAAAGUAGUUCUGAAUAAAACGCCAGAUAUGGUCACAGCUGAACUUUAUGAUGUAAGAAACAGAAAACCUCGUUUGGUGACCACAAUGCCCAGUACAUCCAUAAAUCCAAAAUUAACCCAGACCGAUAUAAAAAGAAGAUUAAUUAAUUUAAAAUACCCUAUAAUAAUACUUGGAAAAGAUCAAAUAAGUACUACGCCUAUACAUGUAGAGAAUUAUGAACAAUUUCAGGGUCUGGACGAGCACAUAUGGCCUUUUAUGGUAGAUUGGUAUAGUCAAAACAAUGUAGAUGUUAAAAAAGUAAACAAAUUGAAAUAUUAUCAUAACGAUGUGGAAUGUUCGUUACAAAGAAACAAUCGCUAUACAAGAGCUAAAGAUAGCGUAAAUGUUACAAGGAAAAUUGAUCGUGAGGACUUGUUAACUAAGGAUAAUUAUAUAAAAGACAAAAAAAUCUUAGAUCAUUCUGUGUGUAAAAAUAAAAUGGAUUAUCAACCAAAUGCUACGAGCACAUUAACUAAUAAUUAUAGCCAGCAACAAGCUAAAAAGUUUAAACCAAUGCGACAGUUCAAAGACAAAAUGCUGAAACUUCUAUACAAGAAAUCUUCUACACAAAUCGUAUGCAAUAAUAAUGAACAAACAGGUGGACAAAGAAAUGAAAAAUUCUACAAGCAUAGUAAUACUUGCACAGACAUAAGCAUCGGGAAACAAAUUGAUGCAAGUACCGAAACUUUUAUAGAAUAUAAUAGUAAUAAAGGAUUCUCAAUUGUGUCUGCAGUGAGUUCAAGAUCAUUGUGUAAAAUCAAAAGAUCGAUAAAUACGAGAUACACAUGGGCAAAGGGAAAAUGGGCAAAUGAUUUGAUUGAAAAUGUAAUAAAAAAUAUAACAACUGGCAUUUAUUACACUCCAGAAAAUAAAUACUUGGUUAAAAAUAAUUGUUCAGAUUUCAAGGAAGCAUCUGUACAAACAAUAUCGGAUGCCUUAAGAAUUGUUUCCAACAACACAAUCAACAAGGAAGAGAAAACAUCGGAGUUGUUAGAAACCACAAUAUUAGAAUCUGAAAUAGACUGUUUAGAACAUAUACCCGGUUUCGAUAUUACUUUACCAGCUCUAGAAAUCAAAACGCUAAAUACGAAAGAAAUAGCAGUGAAACAUUGCGUAACAAACGUUAUGAUUAAAUUUGACGUAACCAUGCUGCUGGAAGCGGAAUCAAUAUCUUUGGGUGUACGAAAACCAUUAACGUGCAUACCUUUAACAAUUACAGACAGUCACACAAGGAUAUACAAAUGUAAAACAACAAUAUUAAAUGCUAUGCUACCUGCCGAAUUGUGUUGUAUUGUACCGAAAUUGAUGCACAAUAUUACUAACACACUACUGCCUUUUCCAUCUGCUGUGUUAGAUAAGACUGAAUCUCAUUUAUCCACAAUAACAGAAUUAACACAUUGUGAAAGCCAUGAUAUAUUUAAAAGAAAGAUGCCAUUGUCACUAAACAUGUCAUUAAAAUUAAAACGUUUAAUAUCUGGAUAUUUUCGUCCAAAAACGUCGUUAUCGAAAAUAAUAAAAGUAAAUAACAUAAUACUAUACGAAUUAGAUAUGGCACGGGAACUACUAGGGGAUGCUUCCAAUGUCUCUUCUGUAUUGCACAUUAUACAGCGUCCUCUCAGACCUGAGAAGUAUUUAAAUCAGAUAACUAAUUCUAUGUCGCCUAAAACCAAUAUUAUAGCUUCUCCUAUAGCUGAUAAAUCUACCUGCUCUGCUUUACAAAUGUAUAAGGCAUCAAAGCACAGUUUAAUUCAAAACUUCGUAACAUAUAGUUUUAUUAAUAUACUCACUGAUAACGAAUCCAUGAACAAGUUUGUUUUAGCAUCGCAUUUUUUGCUUAAAUAUAUGAAUCAGAAUAUUGGCAUAAAUAUAACAAAUUUAAACGAAGAAAAAAGAAUAUCUUUUUAUUUUGGCGUUAAUCAUUUGAAAAUAAACAGUAAUAGUAGUGGUAUAUCGAAAAACAACAAUAAAGAUUUAGAAUUAGAUGCUACAACUGAGUAUGCACCACAUCGGUGUAUAGAAUGUAGUAAACCUCAGGAGAAAAAUGAAUUAUCACAAAAACACGCUUUUUGUAAUAAAACAAAGAAUAGAUUCGUAAGACUUUAUAGAAAAUGCAAGUCGACAUCUAACAUAUCGGCAGAAAGAAGUACUACAUCUAUAAGUAAGAUUGUGAAUUUAAAUAAUUUCUUUCAAGCUCUUGGCUCAGGAAAAGUUUUAUCUGGCGUUUUUGAAGGAAGCGCAUCCAAAAAAAUAUUGUCCUGUGUAACAGAAAUGAAAAACUGGAUAACCGAGAUUAGUCAGAGACAAGCUAUGUUGGUUCUUUUGUUAGUUAACAAGAAGGAUACACCAAACCUGGCGCGGUUUCGGCCUGUUCUGUUACAAGGAAUUGCAGUAAAUAGGAUUACGCGGGCAGUUGAACUUGACAUGGAAAUUGAAGUUAUCGAAAGAGAGAAUUUCAAUAAACUGCCCCAAUAUGAAGGGUAUUCAUAUUUGCCGGAAGUCAUAGAAAGCCAUGACAAUCUUUUGGAGGAAUUGUAUUGGAUUGCAAAGACAACUGCAUCGGACUAUCAAAGACCAUUUGACGAGUCAUCAGAACAUUUACUGAAAUCUCUUUUGGAAAAACGUAAGAAACUCAAUCCAUCCUAUCUUCGGGUAAUGGCGCGUUAUGUUGGAUUAGGACUUUUGAAGUCUCAGAAUAAAAAACAAAUUUAAAAACAAUAUAAACGUACUAAAGAUAACUGUUAUAAUAAAUCGUUGGUGCAAUUUUUUAAAUAUAGUGUUCGAAAUUGUUUUGUAAUAAUAUUAAUCACUUUUGACUAUGAA